UUGCAGAUGCUGAACGGGAAAAAUGGAGAACUGUCAGAAAAUUUUGUCUUGCGAUUGACUUGUUUUUAACAUCGUAAAGUAGGGGAUCUUUACACUGUCAAAAUGCCGAAACGGAAAACACAAGGUGGGGAUGACUUGGAGAAUGAUAUGUCUGUUCCUCUCCCGAUACAAACGUUUUUCUGGAGACAAACAAGUCCAUUUAUACGCCCCAAACUGGGAAAGCAAAGGGAUGCUUCAUGCAUAUCUUUUGAGCGUGUGGUUGUGCAGAAUAUAUUGCAUGGUCAACCGCCCAAUCUGUGUGAAGCUAUACAGAGUGUAUCCAGAUGGAAAGUUAUACAGGUGGCCUUCCCUCAUGUGAUGCAUGCCUGCGCAUCUUUACUCGAAAAUCGACGUCAGGAUCACCCUGGCGCAAAAUUCUCUAACAGCGAGACAAAGCUUCUGUACACGCUGCAUUGGAUCAUUCUUGACGCUGCUUCAGAAUGUGAAGACACCGCCACUGGGACAGAUUCGGACCAGAGAAAAGUGGGUCAUGUCCUCCUCCAUCCCUUGAAGACGAUCCAGCUGUUUGUGUACUUAUUUGCGCCGCUAGUUAAUUCCAUGGAGGAUACGGAUUUUCAGUCGUUGAAGCUAGAAAAUGGUCUGAGACUGUGGCAGCCAAUGUGGGACUACCAGCAACCUGAUGUGCCGUGUUUCUCCACACCGGUUAAGCCGCAAAGAAAUGUUUUGAAAGCGCAGAGAAAUCUACUGAAAGUCAACACCAAUGCGGCAAAUAUUUACAUCGGUAAAGGUACGUCAAAUGAAGACCUUAGGUUUGUGUCACCUUUUGGGGACCUGGACAGUAUCGAGUCUUCAAACAUCGAGAACUCCCCCAGCAGACAUGCGCCGUUGGCAAGACUGAGCGACAGCGAAUUCUGCUUUAUGUCCCAGUCAGAGUCUCAGUCGGUUUUCUCCAUGUGCGAAUUCUGCAGUAACAUCAAGGCAAACAGAGCAAAUGACGGUUCAAUGGUCUGUAAAUGUGGGAGGAAAGACAGCUCUGUUGAUGCUCCCUCAGACUACAGACAGGCGUUCUCCGAAAAGCUGGGUUCACUUGAUCGUGAGUACGUGAAGCAGCGGUUGGCGAGUGCAGUCGUGAGUGGAAUGAAAGGUCCAACGCCUGUUGAUAUUUUGAGUGCCAGCUACUUUGAUGUUGCAGUGUUGCAGAGCCUGUUCUGCUUGCAGUGGUCCCAGGAGGGAAUUCACUGGGCUUUGAAGUACAUCCAUCAGCGACUGCUGGAAAUUUCAGAAGAGAUGAAUCACACUGAUGCCAAAGAACGGGAAAGGAGCAGAUCGCUCCCAUUCUCUGAUCCGCGGCUGUUGAGAUGCAAUAGCAUUCCUUUAUCGCAUGGAGCCACUUCUAAAGAAUCUUCGCAAACCAGUAUUCCGAAGUCAGCAAGUAGCACAUCUUCAAGGUUUGCUUCGAUGUCACCAGAUUUGUCCACCAUACCUAGCGAGUCUGAGCCAGGUACCCCCACAGUGAAACUGUUCCUUCCGGAGCUAAGAAAGGAGCCUCCUUUUAAAAAAGUCUGUAUGGUUGAGUUCCGGCAGUUCCCGGACAGCACAAAAGCCGUGGUAACCCGCAAAUCACCUUCACCCUCAAGGGGUGAUGUGUCGCCAACUCGAGUACCUUUCAGAACAAAACUCAAUCACUAUCCCCCACCUAAGACACACAGGGAGUAUUCAAGUGUUUACAAUGGGAACACCUCCAGAAGUCGAACGUCUGUAGAUGUUGACAACACUAAGCCCAAAGAAAAUGAUGGGAAAUCUGGAAAAACUACUCAUUCUGGAGCAGAAGCGUUGUUAUCAGAUCAGAAAACCUUGUUGCCAUCUUCACCGGAUCGAGAAUCAGAAGAUGGGAGCCAGCCUAGCAGCAAUAAUUCCUCCAGCACUUCACAGGAACAGCAGGCUGGGAACCAAUCUACAGCGGCUGUGAAGGGCCCCAUCAUAACUAUCACUGCAGACACGCCACAGAAGGUGAAACCAAGCUGGCCAAAGCUGUACGAUUUCCCAGCAACAGAUGAAGGGGAAUGCAAUGGAGCUGUGGGUGGCAAUGAGCCUGAGACUACGGGGCUCUCGAGAUCCCAGACCGACUCAAAUAUUUGUUACAAGCAGGAGGAGGAAGUGCAUGAAGUGGCCGGGGCAAUCCACUACAUACAGAAGAAUGGACACCUGAAUUAUAAACUCAUUUUACAGGCCAUCCACUUUGUGACUAAGAAUCAGAGUGGGGACAACAUCUGUGAAGUGGCCCUGAACAUUCUGUCAUGCCUGCUUGACCUGGGUAUCAUUGAGCAUAAGCAGGACGCCGACAAAUCGACCACAAAUGAAAAACUGCCGGAAGACCAACAGAGUGUGUCUACAGAUACGGGGAAGAACGAGAUAAAAGCCUUCAAUUUGGCUAUGGACAGUCUGAUCAGCAUAUACAAGUCCCUCGGGUGUCCCCAUGGUUGUGGGGAUGGUCUACGAGGUCGUCACGGCGACUUGCUGCGACAGAAGGGACACAACUGCUUACUGAGGCUUCAGAGAGUUAACUCCCCUAUGUUUAGCAGCUACAUCAAGAAUGCAGUUAAGUCUCGGCCCAUACAGGAGGUGGUGGACUUCUACCAUGCAUUCUUAGGGUUCUGUGUUGACCCUGUCGUGAUUCUACAGUCUCAGCAAACUCAAAAGAAGUCGAGCACAGUGUCAGCAUCAGCAAGUCCAGUCUCGCAAGCCUCAGGUAAUCGGAAGUCGGUAUCAACGGAGGUGCUAUCCAACAACACAUUUGCUAACAACUUUGGCCACCCGAUUGGCGGGGUGGGGUACCGAGGUGUGGAGGGUGUCCUCAUGGCCAACAGCAUGAAGACCCUGGUGUCCAGGUGUAUGGAGUGCUCAAAAGACCUCUAUAGCAGUGACAACAUCAGCCUGUUCUGUGACAUUCGUCAGCUGAUCACAUAUUUUAAGGAAGUUCACGGGGGCACAUUCAGGCGGGUCGCUCUCAGUGGGCUCCUGGACGCGUACUUUGAUCUCAAAACCAAGGCUGCGCAGGCUAAGGAGGUGGUCACACCAACUUCCUUUCCUAUAAGCAGUCGGACAACCUCAGUCACUUCUGACAGUGGUGAUGAGAAGGACAAGACGUUGGUUCUCAGCAAUAUUGCUGCUGAGUUGAAGGAGAAUGGUGGGAAAUCCCGGAAAUCUAUAUUUAGAAAGAAAAUAAAAAAGCAACUGUUGUCCCAGCAGCAGUACGCAGCCAGCGACUCGGAGGUCCUGGAGGAGAUGAUGGCCAAGUCCAGCCCCCGGGCCAGUCUGUCCUGUAACGAGGAUGACACACCCUCGGGAGCCAACACACCCAGGAGGAAGUUCAGCAAGUUCCACAUUGGUUGGAGGAAGCCGAAAUCUGACCAUGAGGAGGACAGUCCCAGCGAAGUGAGUCCCAUGGACCACAGUAAGGAGAGCAAGAGCGAAACUGGCAUCAACAGACACGGCGUCAAGGGCAAGAUGUCCUUCAAGACGGCGAGCCAGGCGACAUUGACUUUCCUGAGCGCCCGGCGGAGAAUCGAGGGCGGACUGAAGAGUCUGGCCAAGAAGGCCCACAAAGCUGGCCACAGCAAAGAGUCCAAGCAGCCACACAGUGAGAACACAGAGGACCAAGAUGACGUUGGUAUCGUUAUGCGGGAGAAGAAACUGGUUGAUAAGUUUAUAAUCAAAUCUGGCAUGCUCCGGUUUAGUUUCCUUCUCGAGUGCUGCCAUCCCGGAUCGGUCCCGGACCCACAGUUGCUGGCAGCUAUGAUUCAGCUGGAUGCCCCAGUAUCGGCUCGAGCCACCUUGCUCCUGGAGUGCGCCCACUUUGUUCAUCGCUGUAACCACGGAGACUGGCCCAACUGGAUGCGACUCAACCUGCCUAGUUUCCGCCACUCGUCUGCAGCCCUGCACUCCCGUGGGCAGCCGUCUGGGGUCAGACGGACCCUCACAUUGCAGAAGGCUGCCGGCAGGCUGUUCUAUAGCUGGGCAGAGAACCUGGGUUACCAGCUGGAGUACAUGAUGGCCAAGGAGCGUCAGUCGCGACUCAGUCACGUGGAGGACGUGCAUGACGAGAGGAAAAAGAGGCAGCUGCGUAUGGAGGAUGAUACGGAGGAUUUCCUCGAUGAAAACACUGUGAACCAGAAAGGUACAGACUGUCCUUAUGCACUGAAGAUGCUGGCAUGUCUUGUUCUUCAGGAGAUUACCACAUUUCUCCGUGAGACGUUCCAAUACCUGCCCCGUAAGAAACACAAGCUAGAGCCGGGCUGGGACAAACACCUGACGUCGCGCCGGUACAGUAGCAUCAUCUCCAGUCCAGGUCACUCUGACCGCAGCUCCGAGUCCAACAUUGGGGAACUGCCACAGUCUUCACCAGGAGGCCUGGGCAGUCCUGGGGACAGGAAGAUCAGCUUUGCGGUGCAGAUGGAGCGCUCAGAAUCCCUCAACAGUAGCCAGACAUCGCUGUCCAUGGACCCCCUGGGCUCCCCACACACUCCCACAGAGGAGAGGAAAGGUCGCCGUCUUGCCCAGGGCCGACAGAAACUGUUGAAGCACUUGAGGCGUGGGUCUAUACACAUGACGAGUUUCAGGCAGAGAAGCUUUCAUUUACGUCGUGGAGAGGGAGGAAGCAUUAAACUGCACCCAACUGGAAGCAUACGGGACCGCAAGAUCAGCAGUCAGUCCAUUCACUCGGACUCUAAGUGUAUGGAGCCAGAGGCCAGCACGGAUGACUUCGAGUCGAUGACGUUCUGUUCUGACGAGCCGCAAGACCUGCAGGCGUUAGAGGAGCAACAGGAAGUGGAGGACGAGCGCAUGUACUCAUGCAUGCCUUGGAUAAAGGUUGUGAUUCAGCUGUCCAACCAGUCCAACUUCAUCUGCCCCCACCAAGGCUUCUGUCAUCUGGAUUGCUAUGAGCGCCAGAGACGAAGCUGUUCUCGACUGGUUACAGCCAUGAAAAAGAUUUACCAGUCUACCGAGGAAGAACAAGUCAGGGAAUCUGACAGACGUCUUGAGCAAAGGCGGGAAAUAUUCAAGGAUAAAUUUAAGAGAAGGGAGUCAAUUUUUCAAAACUCGUCGCCAAUCAAACGAAGGGAGAGCACUCCACUGCUGGAGAAGAUUCGGACGGAUGUGUCGCUGGUCAAACAGAAACUGAAUGGCUGGAAGAAGGAGACGAAGCCAAAAGAGGCGAAGGAAGACCUCCCCAUCGUGAAAUACAUCACUUCACAGGCCCAGAAGCUGACUCAGUGCCCCCUGGGGAUCCUGUCUAAGGCAGCCCCUAUCCUGAAUGAGGACCAGUUUGCAGACAUCAUGCCUGUGGCCUGGGAGCUCAUGAUGGAGACAGACCAGGAGGUGGCAGCCGCUGCAGCCUCCAUGUUCCUGAUAGCGUCAGUCCGCGCCCCAGAGAAGGCUCAGACCAUGGUCUUCAAGGAACUGCAGCAUGAGGAGCCCUGCGUAAGGAUCAACGCUGUCCUCAGGUUUGGCACCCUGUGGAAGUUCAGGCACCAGGCUUGGCCCAGAAUGGAGGAGGGAGCCCAGCUGCAUUUCAAGGUCCCCCCACCCAAUAUUGACUUCACCCUCCCGUCUCCCACUAUUGGGCUGCCCAGCCAGCUGCCAAUUGACCCACCCUGGAGUCCACAUUUCAAGGCUAAGAUCGAAGAGGUUACAGUCAACCAGGACCAGACAAAAUCACUGGUAACUGCCACAACAACACGCCGCAAGCAGCAGCAGGAGAUGAUUCGACGAGCUCUUCAACGUGAAGAAGAGAGGAAACGGAUUGGUCGAGAGACGUUUCCCAUGACAACGGUGUCUGUCACACAACUGGCAGCAGUGGAGCCUUCUCUGCAUCACAUUGGAGAGGAUCAUGAAGAAGCUCUGCAAGAAGAAAUAAGCCUUGCGGCCCGUCGCGUUUCCCUAGCGCCGACCAAUCGGAACUUGGCAAGCCGUAGCAUGUCGUGGCGGAACGGCAGUCUGCAUUGGGCUCGGCUUACAACAUUUGAAGGCGAUGAGGAGAGACAAGAACACGGCCACCAUGUUCAGCUGGCAGAGAAGUUCUUCCCAUCCUCAAUCUGCACGGUGGUGUUACCGAUCAUUCACUUGCUGGACGACGGGGAAGUCAGUGACAACGGAGUGGCUGUGAACGAGGUUGCUGAGAAGGUGAUCUGGAACUGCAUAGUGGAGGACCCAGUGCUGUUCAUGAGGCAUUUCCUGGAGAAAAUCACUCACAGGGAGAAACAUGAGGAGUUGCUGUUUUUGCUGAGGAAACUGGUGCUACAGUUCCGAGAUCUUCCCUCUCAGAUGGCCCAUUCACUGUUCAACUAUUUGAUCGGGUAUGUGAUGUUCUAUGUACGAACCCCGCAGACCAAUGGGCAGGAAGCCAUUGGUAACGCUCUGGCCUUGUUAUGGCAGGUUGUCCCCAAUGUGGAAGGCAUUUACUUUAAAGAUCUGAAGCAGACAUUGAAGAAGGAACAGUGUGAUCCCAACAUUAUGAUAUCUGCCAACGUGCCAAGCGCCAAGAAGAUCAUCGUGCACGGACCAGACCUGACGAGCAUCCCCUCCCAGUUCCCCAUCCACGAGGACACGCAGUUCAACGUGAUCCUACAAGACAGUCUCGACUUCUUCAACAUACCGGAUGAGGAGCAGCACACGUAUUUCCUUGUUGACACGAAAUCCAACCAGAUCCACAACCUGAACUCGUACGUGCGCGACUUCUACUUCUUCCGGCGCAACUUCUACCCCCAGUUGAGUCUCGUACACAUGGACCCUGCCGAGGCCAAAGACAACCUCGAGAAACAGGCACUGCUGUUGAAGUUCGGGGAGAUAGGAAAGGUACUCUUCACUGUCGCCAUACUGGAGAGCACAUCCCCUCAUCAGAUGCAGAACCACAUAAGUUUCCUGCAUGAGGAGCUUGUAAAGUUGCCAUCGUUUCCAAGGAAAGCCCUGGAUGCAGAGUUUAGUCUCUACAAUGGAAAUAUUGGAAAGGAGUUGUUUGGACUGGACACUCUCCACAAAUCAUCCUGGCUCAAGUUGAUGCACACAAUGUUUUCUCGUAUGACGUGCUCGUUCAACUGGAGCCAGGACCUGUGUCUGUUCCUGAACGUGAUAAAUGGCUGCAUCAUCCUGCACUGUGAGGACUCCGCCAUGCUUCGAUACAGCCUCGCCACCGUGAUUAACGCCAGCAUUCACUUCAAACACAUCUUUUCUAUGAAUGGGUUUCUGAAUGUGGUGCCUACACUUUUGAGGACAUACAGCAACCAUCUUCCCAACCCCCUCAUCUGCAAAGCCAUCCAGUUUGUGUGUAAGCAGUUCUACAUCCUGCACAGGAAACCCUUCAUGCUCCAGCUGUUUGGCAGUCUGGCCCCUAUAAUAGACUUCCAGUCAGCUGCUACUGGACUUAUUGACACCACUAAGGUGCAGCCCAACUGUCUGUUUGACCUGCUUCUUUCCCUGGAGAAGGACACACCUGAUGUUUUAGGAAUAUUGAACCUGAUUGAAUAUGAAGUCCCGUUCAAGGCUCUGGACUUUUGUUACGAGAAUGACCCCGAUACAUUCAACAUCCUCCAAGUCAUAGACAUGUGUGUAACCGUGGUGGUGUACUCACCAGAGUCUUUCCGCAGCAUUCAGAUGCUGACUGUGUUAGAGAUCGUCCUACCUCGCUACCUGGACUACCUGAAGAUGGAGACAAACAAGAAAGACAACCCCACCGCGGCCAGAAACGAGGUCAACAUGAUCAACGCUAUGGGCUCCUCUGUGCGCGCUCUGAUCACAUCAUGUGACUUCUUCUCAAGGACGCUUCCGUUGCCGAGGCAGUUUGAAGUUGAGCGGACAACCAGUAAGGACAAACGUGACCGAGGGUCGCCAGUGGAAACCAGCAUUUUCUAUGAUGACAGAGAGGACUCCAAUACCUACCCCAGUCGUUACGCUGAGGAGGGUCGGGCGCGGAGAUCCAAGCAGGACUACGACCCAGAUGAUGAGGAAAUGCAGCGUGAAGAUUUCCGCAAGCCUCGUGACAGCCUGCUGAACAUUGUGGCGGAGUUCUACGUGACGUGUCAAGGGAGGAUGAAGGAGAUCAGGAAGAUGCUGGCAGACUCCUCCUUUCGGCCACCCGAGCUGCUGGACCACAAGUCACAUAAUAGACUGGCAGACAUGGCCCACACCCUUCUGAAAUUGGCGACCUUUGACCCAGAUACCAUGGGCUGUGCAGGCCUUCAGAGGUACAUGACAGAAAUAUUGCCGAUCACUGAUUGGUCACAAGAGUCGGUGAGACCGGCCCUAAAUCUCAUCAUGCGAAGGCUUGAUAGGCUGUUCAACAAAAUAAACAACCCAAAACGCCCUCACCUCAAGAGGAAGGUUGAUUGGACUGCUGCAGCAAAUUUGCUUAAAGGUGUGUUCCUAACACUGAAGAAGUUUCCAUACCUUGCACAUCUUCCCCAUCUAAAGACGCUUAUCAGUGCCCUUAUCCAGAUCGUACUGUCUAGUGGUACCCAAACGGUGAUGGAGAGUUUACCGGGUAUGGGUGUGUUCCGCGGUGAACACAGUGGCUCCCUCAUUCCUCCCAUGUUCUGCUCGGAGGUUGUCAAGCUGGUUGCCAUGCAGAUGCAGGCUCUUGGGUAUCGGGGCUAUGUAGGGUGGAUGCCAGCUGACAUUUCUAGCCAGAUUACGACAGAUCAGUUUUCCCUGGAGCAGAUCUGUGGCGGAAUGGCUGUGUUCCCUACCAGUGAGAGAUGCAUCAACAUGCUUGUCAACUUUAUUCUCCCCCUGUGUAUCCGCGUGGGGUGUGGGAGAAGAGACACCCCAAAGCUGCGGCAGGUAGACAUCAACUUCGCCCUGCAGGUUAUCAUAAACGUGCUUUCCCCGCCCACCCGUGUGUCCGGUAGUCAGAACAACUCGAGCACCAAGUCUGCCAUGCACCAUCUUUCCAUCACCGAGCAUGGUCGCUGUGGAAGCAUGAGCAACAGCCACAAGGGAUUUGUGAAAUACCACGGCAACGAGCUGCUCAUCCAGACAGCCUAUUUAGGCCUUGAGAUUCUGAUGUCCUGCUUUGACCGAGCCCUGGCCCCAGAGUGGCACCGUGUAGCCAAGUGUAUCAUCAACAACUCACAGCUGAAAGUGUGUAUAUCGCUAUGGAAGUUCCUGAACUUCAUUGUCACCCACAGACCCUCCAUAUUUCUUAUGCUGCAGCCAUUUAUUCAGUUCAAGAUGCUAAGAGUGAACUGCGAUACGGCCCAAGAGUAUUAUGAGCAGCAGACCAUCAAAGACAAGAUGCAUGGCUACAGUUUCACCCAUCCAAAGUGUGUUGGAACAAUCCUGGUUGAAUUGGCAUUGGAGCUAAAGCAAAUACGGGAAGAGUUCAUUGCCACAGGAGGUGAAUACAGGUCAAGAUCAGCAACCAUGGUAACAGACAGGUCUGAAUUCUCGCAUACGUUGGAGAACAGAGCCCGUGCUGAAGUGAAUGAAAUCACAACGGAGAUCAUUGGUCCACCAAAACCCACACUUGCCACCAUUGGAAAACGGGCCAGCAGAGGAACCAUCCUGUCCCAGGGAAGUUCUGGUAACAGCGUCCCUUUCAAGGUUCCCAGCUUUGAGAGCGGGAGCCAGUCUGGGCGGAGGCAGUCCAUCGGUCAGCGGAUCUCGGCUAAGGACGGCAUGAGAAUCCUGGAGAAAUUCAAACGGCCCACUCAGGAUGAUCUCUCUCCCAUCGACCAAGUCGUGCAGGAAUCGGAAGAGAAAGUACAAACAGAGCCCACGUUUGCCUUCCAGCCGGCCCUGUCUGAACAGAACAGUCUAGAUGAGAGUCCAGCAUCAGUCCUGUAUGAGAAUGAGGAUGGAAAUGAAAUACAAACUGGGAAUGACCUGUACCCAAGGGAGCACCGCCUUCAGAGGCAGGACGCAAAAAGUCGCAAAACUUUCAAAAUGAAGCGCACUCGAACAAAAACCACAAGUGCCCGACGAUUGAUCCGGCAUGGCAGAAACGAUGUCAGUGACACAGAGAGUAACAGCACGGAGGGCUCCCCAACCGAGAGCAGAAGCACGCUGCGUAGCAGACGUCAACCAGAAAACGAGUCCCUACGGCUGCAUCGAACUGGAACUGGUGUUCACAAACCACGGUCAGCAUCACCGGCGCAAGGAAAUUACGCCAAGUCUGUGGAGGCUAUUCAUAACCAGAAAGAUGACAGUAAAAAGGCCAGCAGCAGACCGCGGUACAUUCAAAGGUCGAAAUCUCACGAUGACCCCCAGGCUGAUAUUCACGCCCCUGCAGGCACGGCCAGGGGCCGCAUUGCCAGACAAGGGGCAAGGAUUGUCAAAUCACGGUCCCCUUCCUCCAGCCCAAUACGAAUUCUGGGAUCAAAGUCCCCGAAUUCUAGCAUUAAGGGAAAGAUAUCCUCCCCGCCACUGCAGAGAGGGUAUUCAGAAGACAUCCCCUCCCCCACGGAAUUCCCCGCCAAAGUCUUGUUCUCCUCCAUGCCUGGACCAUCGAGUCCACCCAGCAGCUCCAGGUCACUGAAGGAGGAGAUGAGUCACUUCAGGUUCAGCCUGAAAAAGAAGGAACAAGUCAUAAAGGAGAACGAGUCUGAAUCCUCGGCUAGCAGUCCACGGACCCCAUCCAUAAAUAGUCAAGUCAGCCCAUCGGUAACCAGUCCACUCAGCCCAACCAACCCUUUCCUGAGCCUGAUCCAAGAGAAACCCAGUAAAACAAGCCCACAAACGGCCGACUGGAAGACCUCAGCUCCCAAGACCCUGGUGCAGUCUCGUAUUCAGAUGUUCUCACCAUCGGAGACCAUUCGACCGCAAGCUUCAAUAUCGCCCAUAGCGCCACCACCUGUGUAUCUGAGGCAACAGCAGCCAGCUUCCACGUUAACAGCAGAGAAACCCCCAACAGCACAGACCUGUCCUCCAGAGGUACAAUUAAAGUUCAGGUCACGAGACAGACAGAGACCAUUCAGCCCGAAAAUGAAACAGAGGGCCAUCUCUAAAUUAUUGCAUGAUCUUCCAGUAAGCGAUUCGUCGGCGUUUCACGCACCGCAGCCUCGACCAGGUGGUCUCCCCUCUUCUUUCUCAACCAUCAGCCCGUUAGUUAAAAAAUCCGACAGUCCGUUACAGCACACGUCUAGUCCAAGCUCGGGGACUGGGGAUUCCAUAAGGCAGAGUUACAUCUCGUCACGAUGUUCGUCAGAAGAGUCCUUGACCGAGUUUUCUUCUCUAUUGAAGGAGGAUGAAAAAUCACAUUCGAGAUCAUCAGUUUGUGUUUACUUUGAUGGAAAACAUAUUCCUGAUACUCUUGUUUAAGAUCAAAAUUGUGCGUUAUGUUCAAUUUUUCUCCCAAAGUGUAGCUAAGAGACUUUGACCAGUUUUCUUCUCUUUAUAAUUGCGGUGAAAAAUCCAAUUCAGUUCAUUUUGUUGUGUCAUUUAUUUCUCCAGACUUGUCUUCACUAUGGAAGGCAAAUGAAAAUCUUAUUGAGGUGAUCUAAAUUUUUGCUCGAUUUAAAAUGAAUAAAAGAAAUUUAGAGUAUUGGACCAAAGUUUUCUUUGCUAUUUAAAUGGGAUAAAUAAUGAGGUCAUCUGCCUUUUUUAUCAUAAAGAAAUACAAGACAUUCUUGCUUAAAAUCAUAUUAUCUAUUUUGUAACAUUUGUAUGUAAGAGCAAAUAACAAGAAAGAUAGGUUUGUAUUCUCUUUGAUGAGAAAGAUAAACUCAUGUUUAUGAAAGACAAUGCUGUGAGGUGACAUUUUUAAUACUGUGGAUUCAUUUAAAGGGACCAGUUCACUGUUUAGCAAAAUGACAAUUAAAAAAUGAUGUCACACAUUCUACAUAGAAUGUAGUAAUUAUAUUAAAACAAGAACAUAUUUCACUUGACUAAAAAAAAUAUCAAAGAUAAAUGUUUGUUUUAUUGAUAACCAUCGAUCAAAAUUGGAACAAUUAUAAAAAGCUUUGAAUUGAUAAUAUAACAAAAAUUUGUAUUUAUACCGAUGUAAUGUUUAAACUAUCUUCCACACUCAAAAGCCUGUGUGGCAUACUGUUAGCCUUUGCUUUUAGAAGUGUUGGAAUAGAACAUAGGUUUGAGAUUAUUUCCCCCUUUCAGCGGAUUUCCUCCCUUUCAACGUCAAAUUAAUUUUACAAAUAGAUAUUAACUUUGCUGGAUCUAUAUAGAAAUGAAGGGUUUAGUUGAACCCUGUAAGGAGGGUAGUGUGCUGGAUCUAUAUAGAAAUGAAGGGUUUAGUUGAACCCUGUAAGGAGGGUAGUAUGCUGGAUCUAUAUAGAAAUGAAGGGUUUAGUUGAACCCUGUAAGGAGGGUAGUGUGCUGGAUCUAUAUAGAAAUGAAAGGGUUUAGUUGAACCCUGUAAGGAGGGUAGUGUGCUGGAUCUAUAUAGAAAUGAAGGGUUUAGUUGAACCCUGUAAGGAGGGUAGUGCAUUGUCCUCCCCUAAGGUGGUCCUUGAAAACACACUCCUUCCCCAACAGCCAUAUAUAUAUAUAUUUAUAUAUAUAUAUUUAUAUUAUAUAUAUGAAUUAUCAUUUGUUAAACAUUGAUUUCAUGGUUGAGCGGACCCAUGAAAAUCCACGCAAAUUAGUGUCUGACAAAUAUUCUGUCACUGUGUUAAGUCUGAAACACUAUUACAAUAAGUAACUCAAAUCCAAGUGUAAAUAUAAGUAUGUAAUAUCUGCUGUGAAGCCAAAUCAAGUCACAAUUAGUGGCAUUGUUAUGUUGUUAAGUUAUAAAUUAACAUUAUUGCAAUAUGAAGCAGAAAUAGUUUGAUAUUUUGUCAUAAAUUAAUGUUUACAUGAGUAUUAUUUGUAAUGUUGUUGUUGUAAUAAUUAUGUAAACCACUAAAACAUAAACUUAAUAAUAAAAAUUUAAAUUUUAUUUUUUUAAUUGAUUUAACAAAGACGAAGUUCAGCUAGUAAUGGUACACUAAAGUUGUAUUUUAUGGUUGAUAUUAUUGUAAAGCAAAAGUAUGCUGGAGUAGAUUUAACCUAUUUUGUUGUGGUAUCAGUAUACAUAUUUGUGCAAGAACCAGUGGAGAGGUGGGUAUAGGAGUUUCAAUACUUAUGUAUUGGAAAGUAUUUUUGUAAAUGAGUAUAAUGCUGGUUGUAUUUAUCAAUAAUAUAUGAUUUGUUCUUUGUUGAAUGUAAUUAUGUAUCCAUAUUAUAUGACAUACAGUUGAAGUGCAGUGAUUUUAUAGGGCUUUUGUGUGUUGUCAGUGUUUUAGUCCCCUAACAGCGUUCCACUUUAUGGAACUAUAGAUUUGCCGUCCAUCUGUCUGUUUGUACAUCCAUCAGUCCACAAAAAUUGAAUACUGCGAUAAAAACUCAACAAAACAACUUCAGAUUUUUUCAUGCAAAAAUAGAUCAAACAAAUCUACUGCAAUCUCUCAAAAGGUAUAUUGAAUAUUAUCACUAAACUUAGAAUAUGGAGUUGAUUGCAGCGUCUGAAACAUAUCUAGUGAACACAGUACAAGGCUGAUGCAUGCAUUUUUAUUGAUAGGGACACCUCGUAGCUUGUUGUUUUGUCAACAGUUUGUUAAGAUAGGAUAAUACAUGUGCUAAAUUAUUAACGUUCAAUGUCACUAAUAUUCAGAGACUUUUUCAUAGAAUAAUAUAUAUUAUAUUUCCCUGACAAAUGUUUGCGUAAUAAUUGUUUUUUUUCGCAAAGCUUUUGUGAGCAUAAUUAUUAUAAAGUUUUAAACAGAACUUUUGUGUUGACUCUUGUGGAUCUAGUUUGUAUGUAUUAUCUAUUUUUCUUUAAAUGUCACGAAAAAUACGUUUUUAUAAAAAAUAAUAAGCUGCUGAAGUACAUAUAUAAAGGUGUUUUAUGCUACACAUAUAGUACAAUAAGUGUGUUCUAUUCAAAAUUAUGCCAAUCAGUUAUUCAGCCAACAGUAUUAAAUCAAGCUACAUGCACUUAUUCAAGCUAGAAAUAGAACAAGGAAGCCUGUGGGAUAUUAGACUUCUAGUCAACUAGGGCUCUGGUCAACAAAUAUAUUGUUGUAUAACCAAAGUUCUCAUAUUUAUUAGAUUUAUGUUAGUAUUGUUUCUUAGUGUUGUUUCUUAGAGUGCAAUAUAUGACAAUGUUUCAAAGGUUAGUGUUGGUCAGAUUUGUAUUAGUUAUUUGUUGUUAAUAAAGUAUUAGAAAAAAGA